UCUAAGCAAGUUGAGAAGAUUUUUGUCUCUACUAGGUUUUAGGUCAUGGUGUAUGGUUAGUUUUCUAUUUGGCUUUGGGAAGAGGAUGUGGACAAGAGAGCAUAAAAGCAAUGUCUAUCCACCCAAUCCCCUAAAUCGAGGUUACGAAGCGUUUGACAACACCAAUUACAAUGGUUUUUUGGAUGCAAUAUCAUGAAGAUAGAAUACUUAAAUGGAUAAAAUAACUUGGCAUUUAAGUGAUUUUCUUUUAUGGAGUAUCACAUUCAUACUUCUUAAUAUUUUUGUUAAAUUAAAAAUUUGAGUUGAUGAAUGACAAUCUUUUUAUCCACUAAAGUUUUCUUGAAUUAUUAAUCUUAAAAGAUAAAGCUGCUACUAAGCUAUUUUUCAGUGCAUAUGUUUCUAAAUGUGUUGCAGUCUUGCUCGGCAAUGUGCUCAACUUUGGUUGAAGACACAGGAAGCUCUUGGGCACCCAUUAGGAUUUUCCAAGGAAAAUGAUCUCUUGUUUCAAAAUAUUCCAAAUUCCCAAUUGCAGAAGGUAUUGGAACGUCCUGGAGCAUUUGUUCUUGAGAUUGGCACUGAAGAGAUGCCUCCUCAUGAUGUAGUUGAAGCAAGUAACCAGCUUAGAAGUCUCACUGUGGAGUACCUGAAAAAAAGAAGACUGAGUUGUGGAGAAGUUUCAUCAUAUGGUACACCACGCCGACUUGUGGUAAGAACUCGAAGCUCGAAAUGA